AUGUCACUGCUUAGCAACCCCGUUGUAGGGGAACCUACAGCUGCAUCGAAAAACCCUCCCAGGGAUGGUGAGGUUAUGCCGCUCAGCCAAGAGAACUUGGCAAUGCUUGCAGCCCAGAACGAUCCAAGAAUCAUGCAUGUUGGAGCAGUUAGCGAGCAACGCCUUGCCACUGGUAACGUUCCAGGUUUAGGCUCCGUGAACUCUUGGAACAUGGUUCCAGGGCUAAGCACCCCAGCAUACUCACCGACAGAGAGAGCUUCUUCAGUGUUCUCUCCGACGUUCAAUGCCCAGCACAUAGACCGUAGGCAGCUCCAGGUGAAUCAAGUCGACGCAAGGCAAUUGGCGCUGAGCCAGGUUGACAUCCACGUCAACGCCGACACUGGGCCAGCCGUUGCCAUGGCCGCAGAGGCGCGCCACAGGGAAAUCGUAGGAGCCAUAGGGGAGGCUCAUAGGGAGGAAAUCAACAUACUUAGUUCCCAGGCCACAUCCAAGGUGGCACAAUUGCGUCAUGAGUAUACCGUCCUUCAAAACAAUCUUAAGCAGCUUGAGAGUGAAGCAGCCACUAAGUCGAGCAACGAUCAAGGUAUCAUUGAUCAGCACUCUGCUGCUCUUGCCAGAGCAAGGACUGAAGCCAUUGAACUUCACAAACGUCUUUGCGAGGCGGAAGCCUACGCUAAUGCCGAGUACUCCAAGCUUGAGAGGCUUUCUCAUAACGUUCAGAGUGAGUACGCCAUUCACAAUGCGAGGCUGUCCGAACAGGUUGAGAGCAUGAAGGUUGAAUUCAAUGCUAUGAUCGGACGCUUCAAUUCUGAAGCCGAGCACCGCUCAGCACUCACGAGCGAGAACUCUGAUCUUCGUGCUAAGUUGCUUCAAGCUCAAGAGAUGCUUCAGAAGGCUGCCAGUCAGACCGAUUCGCCCCAUCAUCGGGAGCCGGAAGGCAACCCUGGUCCUAGCGGGCCACCGCCCGGCCUCCCACAGGUUCAUCGCCUUGACACACCGCCUGGCAAAGGCAAAGGCAAACCAGGUGACCCAGAUGAUGACGAUGAUGAUGAUGAUGGAGACAAGAAGAAAAAGAAGGACGACAAAAAGAAGAAGAAGAAGAAGAAGAAGAAGAAGAAGAAAAAGAGGGACUCAUCUUCGUCCUCUGAUUCUUCCUCAUCUUCGGCGAUUUCACCAAAAGAGAUGACGAGAUUUUUCAAGAAGAUGAUGAAAGGUGGUUCAAAUGACAAAGAUGCCGACAAAGCCGAAUCAUCGGAUAAGGUGGACACCUUCAAAGAAACAGAGGCCAACGCCGGACGCCCAGUUAGAGGAAGGCAGAUUCUCUUCAGGAUUCACAACUACUUUGCGACGAACGCUCAGCAUGGGGCGGUGUAUGACAUGGAAGAUUUGCUUUCAGUCACGUUGCUCAAUGAGAAUCUUCUCACCUUUAUGCGAAAUUGGGACACGGUGUUGUCGGGGAUUCCCAAAACCCCUGAAGCAUCGUUCCUCGAACCACUAUUUCACAGACAGGUCAAGAAGGUCAAAGCUCUCUCGCGUGACAUCAACAUCUAUGAAAGAGCUCUUGAAGGUUCCAAAGAACGGUCCUACAGUUUCCUGUUUGAUGCUGCAAAUGCGCACCUCAACAGGAAGCGCCUUGAACGCAACCGGGAACGGAUGGCUCGACAGACGGGCAGUCCUGCUGUGCCCACCGCACCUGCACCUAAGAGGGUUCCUAAAGGUUUCUGCAUUUCAUGGGUCCGCAAUGGUUCCUGUACCAAAGGUGACCAGUGUAAAUACAAGCACCAGACUCCGGCCAAGGGACGCGGCCGCUCUGCCACGCCGGCUGGCUCACGAGCAAGCUCUGCAAGCCCCGGUGGUAAGCCUAAGAUCUGCAAGUUCUACAAACAAGGACGUUGCGAUCGGGGGGAGAACUGUAAUUUUCUCCAUACAGGCAAGCCAGGGGCAGCUGCGCCUUCCGAAACCAGUGGGAAGGGGUCAAAAGGCAAAGGGAAGAAGAAGGACCGCAAGAAGAAGAAAGAUCGCAAGUCUUCUCGCUCUAGCUCCAAGGGUUCUAAGGGUAGCAGGAAUUCCAAGGGAAGUCAAGGCUCCAAGAACUCGAAGGGCUCAGGCAGAAAGAAGCCUUCAGGCGGUAUCCCUGCUGCUGUAUGUCUCCUCAGUGCUCUUGUUGCUGGUUCGGCCACCCAAGCCGACGCUUUCUCCCUCCGGAAGGAGUGGACGGACCAGAUCACCAAUUGCACGUAUCCCUAUAGUCUGGCGCUACCAGCGGUAAAUUUCAGCUCUGAAGUCGAUUACAUUAACAUUCCUGUUAGUGAUCCCAACGCGAGGUUCACUCCAAUAUCGCCCACCAACCGUAAGCAUCGAGGAGAAAAGCCUUUGGAUUUUGUCCCAGAAACCAGAGCAGACUCCAUCCGAGAGGCACAGAUGUCAGCGAAGAUGCUGAAAGCUUCCAUCUCUACCAAGGACGACGUUCCGGCCUGCCGCUGGGAGUGUGAUUCGGAGAUUGGAUGUAAUCACUGUAUCCCAAAGGGUCUUAGAAUGUCGUGCCCUGCUAAGACUAAAGGGUCCUCCAAGAUGCUUAACCUUGAAUGGAUUGGCGACACCGGGAGUGCACAGGACCUAAUCGCAGAGAGGGAUCUCCAGCAUUUGAAGGCUUAUGAGUCUGAACAGCCAAUCAACAUCAUGACCGCGAACGGUCCCAGCUCCGCCGACAAGCAAUGUGAUGUCGACGUUCCGUCGAUUGCUAUUUCUGCCAAGCCUUACGUGCUGCCCGACACUCCUUCAGUCCUCUCCAUAGGCGCAGAGUUGGAGAGCUGUUCCUCACUCUGCAUCAACCAGAACUCGCCCAUCAAGGUCCAUAAGGAUGUGAACAAUCAUAAAGACCAUCUCAACGUUACGAUUGCCGUGGGAGAGUUUUCCGAUGGUGGCCUUUGGAUUCAUGACCCGAGCGCUAUGAAAACCGACAAAAAUUAUCUAGAGGUCAAGGAUUCUGUAGGCACCAAACUCCCUGGGAUGGUCCAUGACAGUCACAACAAGAUUGUUGUUUUUGACCCGAAGACAUCUCAUUCCGUAAGACCUUGGAAGGGUGAACGCUGGAGCAUUACUGCCUACACCUGUAGGUCCGAAGGUGCGGCACGGGUGCGAGCCAUUCUAGAUGGUUCUCGCCCUGCUCCGCCCUCUGACGAGGUGCGUGCUGAACCGGACAUUGGUCCUCCUGCCCCGGCAGCGGCCGAUGCCCCCGAUGGGGAAGCCCAGCGCAAGGGAAGAGACAGAUUCGAGCCUACCAGUGAGCCUGCGAUCUUUAUGGGAUACAAGUUCCAGCCUGGUAUGAAAUGGCGCAAGGAGGUCUUUGCAAUUCAUCUCAAGCAGCUGAACAAGCAUGAUUUCCACGAGUGCCUGAAGCCAGUUAUUGCAUCGCAGCACAAGCUCACUGAUGGUAAGAUCGUUUUUCCCAUGCGUGAGAGGUAUGAAAGGGUUCAAGCAGGUCUCGCAUCAGAUGCCACUGAAGGACCUGUCAGUCAAUCGCUCACCAAUCAGGACGCCGAAGCUGCAGAUGAGCAACCGCGUGCACCCGCAGACCGAGAGGUCGAGCCGCCCAAGAAGGUACUUGAUCCUAAGACAGGGAAAGAAAUUGAUCUUCCUGAAGGGGGUCGGUACUAUGAUUCGGGGGGUACUCUUGGUAGAAAAUAUGGAGGCACCAGAGGUUCUAAGAAGCCCGAAUCCAUUCCCUCAUACCUUUGGGUCAACAUGUCCAAGAAACAGAAGGAGAAGGCCAUUGUUGAUGAGGCACGCGAACAAGCAUUGCGUGACAUGGAGACUCCUACCGAGGGUUCAGCCGGUAGCUCCUCUGCCGCCGCCGCAGCACCUGCUGCGAGCAAGGACCACUGGGAGGUCCGACUGAACGAAUGUAAGCUAAUACGCUAUCAUUAUGUUCCCAGAAGAGAAAUGUUCUCACCGGACAUCACCGAUUGUCCGAUCGAACUAUCGCGCAUCUCUAAGCAACGGAGUACAACUAUCAUUCCCGUAGGUGGUGUUGACGUCAUCCACGAGGAUGACGAUUGGAAAAAUGUUAGGAAGCGGAACAAAAAGACUAGUUUCAAGUGGAUCGGCAAGACUGAGUUCAUCUUGGAUAGAAUCCACAGUCCCGCUCCUGACGGAGAUGGUAAGGAUGCAUUCCCUGCCAUGCCUACCGUACCUCAUGAGCCCGAACAUCGUGAAAAGAUUUCCAGCAACCUUCCUGUCUCAGAGGACGAGGUACGAGAGAUUUUUGCUCAUGUCGCAAGGCCUGUUGGUCGCAGAGAAAUCCUCGAGGACCCGAAGGCCCAGGCUGCCCUUGAUGUUGAAUGGAACAAAUUAAUGGUUAAGAAAGCCUGGGAUAUGGGAUCUGUUCGGGAGUGGAAAGACGUCAGUGAUGAAGCCAUCAAAAAGGGGAAAAAGGUUCAUGUUGGAAAAGUUUUUGAGAUCUGCGUAGAAAAGGGAAGUGAGCUUCCCAAAGGUGACCCACAACGAAAAUUCAAGGGUCGAACUGUGUUCCAAGGGAACAACGUCAAAGAUGAGAAUAGUGAUCAGGCUCUUUUCAGUGAGCUCGGAUCCAGUCCCGCCACGAUGGAGGCUGGGAAAGCACUUGACGCCUAUGGGCAUGCACCGGGCAACGACUGUCAGCAGGCCGACGGCAAACAAGCAUACACCCAAACCACGCUCAAGGGAAAGGAAACGUGGGUCAGGCUGCCACCUGAUCGAUGGCCUCCAGCGUGGAAGGGAAAGUACAAAGAUCCUGUCGU